AUGGCGCUGAGAUCCGGCGACGUCGGCUUGAUGAUCUCCUGCAGCGAAGAGGAAGAGUCAACGGGCGAGGGGCUUCACCGCGAGAUCAAGGAGUUCCGCUCCACUGUCAAGGAGUCCUUUGCAGAGCAGCGAGAGCUGCUGAUGGAGCUAUUGCGAUCCCUGCAUGGGCACGCCCAUGCAACAUCGAGGCAGUCUGCGUCCUCGCAGCUUGGAGCGGCUGUCGAGGUCCUCCAUGAGCACGAUACCUGGAGGCCACCGAAGGAGUUUGCAGCUCCGUCAGUGCCUACACAACGCCGCAAAUCUGGCUCCGAGGAUCAGCAAGCUGACCUCUCUCAGCCGCGCAAUUUGAAUGGCGCCGAAGAUGUCGAUCGAUCCUCUGCUGAUCCAGGUGCAUCCACGAGGUACGGAAGGCGGCAAGUCAGCGACAGCUCGUUGCUGAGCCUCGAGUCCGCUCCAGACAAGGCUUCACCCCGACUCCAAGAUGACCCAGACCUCAUGAAGAGUCCUUCGUCAGUUUCGAAGGUUGGAACCGAGAAGCUUCUGCAGGCCUUCGCGGGCAGCCCGAACGAGGCAGCGCUGGAUGAGGGCACCGAGACCUUUGUGACGUCGCAAAUGUACCAGCAGCAGCGUAAGGCGGAGUCUGCCGCAAGAGCUCACACCGAGCGGCGAAUGAGCUAUUUCAGCACCUACAACUCCGAACGCGCUGACAGCAAGACCCUCACGAGACGAGCUGCCCGACGAGCUGAACGCAUCGUUGCGUCCCCGUGCUUCACCUACGGAAUCCUGUCUGUGAUCCUGACCAACAUGAUCCUCCUGGGGAUUGAAGUGGACGUGACGUCUCGACUUCCUCAAAACGAGAUACCGCCUUGGUUCGUGCUGGCAAACGCAGCCGUAGUCCUGAUCUUCGUUUCCGAGCUUACAACCCUCUUCCUGGCCAGCGGCUGCAAGAAUUUCUUCUGCGGUCCAGAUCGGUCCUGGAACAUCUUUGACUUCUCCAUCAUCAGCUGGUCUGUCUUGGAGACCUGCAUUGAGCUCUGGACGACGAUCGUCGCAACUCCCGAGGCUCAGGUGAGCGCCAGCCAUCUUCGCUUCGCCCGCACGAUGCGCCUGGUUCGAGCCUUCCGAGGAGUUCGAGUGGUGCGCUUGCUGAGAUACAUCAGCGCCUUGCGCACCCUCGUGCUGUCCAUCAUCUCGAGCAUGGCCUCGCUUUGCUGGACGCUGGCAUUGCUCGUGCUGCUCUUCUAUUGCUUCGGGAUUGUGUUCACGCAACUGGUGUGGGAUUACUGCCGCGAUGAGGCUGUGAGGACCUCUGGCGACGUGAAUGUGACACCGCUCUGCCCCAACAAUGUCGACCACUAUUGGGCAACAGUGCCCGAAAGCAUGCUGACGCUGUUUACCGCCAUCACGGGUGGUAUGAAUUGGGAGGAAGCCAUGGUGUCGCUGAGAUUGAUUUCUCCGCUGGCUGCAUCCUGUUUCAUUUUUUACAUCGCCAUCGCGGUGCUGGCCGUCGUAAACGUGGCAGUAGGUAGGUAG